UAUAGAGGCCACAGAGCUGAAUCUUUCUUUGCUUCAGACCUCAACGAACUAGUCGAAAUCCGUGCUCGCCAGCGUACAUUCUAUGGAGCGUACUUUCGUACCGCUAUUGGGAACCUGGGCUAUGCUUUAACAAUAUUGCGUCUCUUUGAUUCCAGAUUUUAUCGAAUUGGUCUGCUAUUCACAAUUCUAGGGGCUCUUCUCUUUGUACUCUCAUUCCUCCGCGAUCGUCAUUCACGGCAUGACUUUGCUGAUACACAAGGGACAAAAAUAAGCCCUGAACCCUCUCAUAUCUCCUACAUUUAUCCCGACUCGCAUGUUCCCGGAGACAUUAUUCGAACCGUAGGUCAAAAGGGUACGCGCAUUUUUGGAAGGCCGUUCGUCACUGCAGGGUGGAUUGUUAUCUCAGUAGCUUGUGUCGUGUUGGCUGUGGAAAUCGGGUUGCUCGUCUUGAUCCUU